CCUCAUCCAUGCCUCGCGCCGGGCAGUCUCAACCACUCUACGCCGACGACUCAGACCCUGAAUCCGAGAAAGCCACAUCGAAACAGACCAAGGCGCUCAGGAAACGUCUCAGCGAUGUGCACGAUGUCAGCUUUGCCGAUUCUCCGCCGCGCUUGAAACGGCAGGCGAACGAUGAUACAGCAGAAAAGCGGAGAAGGAGGAAGAGCACAAAGAUCGCCGUUAUUGACAAUGCGGAGGCAGGGCCCUCGGGCGAUGCCCUGGUGGAACGUGACGCGGCAGAUACGUCGCGUAAACAGAGGCAGCCCCUUAAUUCAGUGGCGGCGCCUGUGGUCGAGCCGCCCGUGCUGGAAAUCUUGAGCUCGAAUUUUGACGAAUGGAUGAAAAUGGCGACAGAUAAUAAAAUCAACGCCGGAAACUCGUGGAACUUCGACCUCAUCAACUACUUCCACGACAUGUCUCUGCUAAAGAACGAUGAUGGAAUGUCUAUCAACUUUCAGCGCGCGUCCUGUACUCUCGAUGGGUGUGUCAAGAUCUGGACGAGCAGAGUGGAUAGCGUGGGUACCGAGACGGGCAAGCUCCUGAGCAAUCUUGCCAAUGACGGUAAUGAUGAGGACGAGGACGGGAACGGCUCGGACAACCCUGAUGAAGAGACUACGACGAAGAAGAAGAAAUCUCACCGUCCGGCCGCAACGCUUGCGAAGGAGCCUGGUCAGCUGCGGAGCAAGAAGCUGGACUUGGAGUUCAGCGUGGACCCAUUGUUCAGGAAAACUUGCGCUGACUUUGACGAAGGAGGCGCACAAGGUCUCCUCAUGAACCAUCUUAGUCUCGGCAUCGGAAGGCAAAACAACUUGCGCGUCAUUUUCGACUCGGGAGAUGCUGCCGUUGACGUCGAUGAAGUCGACGACGAGCAGGAGCCAGAGGAUCUCAUUGAUCUGACUGAAAUGCGCAAGUCGUUCUUUCCGGAUCUGCAGGUUCUUGAGACGAAAGCUAUUGCUCAUUCUCUGGCGGAUUUUUCGUUCGACAAGUCGGCGUCCAAUGUGGGCAAUGAGACGACAUUUUUCCAGGAUGACACCCACCACUUCGAUGACGACGACGAAAACGACGGUGGUUCUCCUGCAUUCGCCAUGGAUGACGACAACGGAGGACCGGUGGACUUUUUUGCCGGAGACGACGCCGUCCACGACGAUCUUGACGGUCACCUCGGUGGGGAUGACUUCGGGAACGACCAUCAAUCGCAAGGAUCGGGCCUUGCCGAUGAGCAGAGGGCGGAAGGGCCCAUGGGCGUCAUGCCCUUCGACCCGAGGCGGCCUUCUAAUGAUUUCGUCUUGGCCGAGGGUGAAGAUGGCGCCAUGGAGUACUUUAAUGACAGUCUCGCCAAGAAUUGGGCUGGGCCGGAACAUUGGAAGAAGCGAAAGCCAAUGCGCAGAUUGGAUGCCGCAGAGACUGCUGCCAAGCAGCCCAGGGCGCGCAAAGAGCGGAAAGAGCCACCAAAGAUCGAUUUCUUCAAACAUCUGGAUAAGGACCUCAAGCAGCUCACGGAGGAGUUGUUUGCUAGCGGUGGCAAGAACGCGGGUAUUAAUCUGGCUGGGACCAAGGGCAAGAAGAAGGGCAAAGAAAAGGAAAAGAAGAAAGACCACCAUCUUCUGCCUGACGACAUUCACUUUAGCAGCCGACAGUUGGCCUCGCUGUUUCUGAAACCCAAGUUCCAGCUCAAGAUGCGAGGUCGGAAGGUGAGAUACAAUGCUGAUGGUGAAGAAGUGGACGAGAAUUUCUGGGCCCAAGCUGCUGCUGAUCAGGCAGCGGGUCGGCAGGCCAAUGACGAUGACGACAGCGGAGCACCAGCCCCGUUUACCACGCAGUUCUUUAACGACGAUUAUGAUGAUGGUCCGGGCUUCGAUGACUUUGAUGGAGACGGGGACGGGCCUGCAGCGCCCGAAGCCGAUGCAGGGGAAAGCGAUCUGCUAGCCGAAAUGCAAGGCGCCACUCGACGCGCCAAACCUCAGUUUGUCAACUAUGCCAAGCGAGCCAAGCGAGUCGACGUCCGCAAGUUGAAAGACAACAUCUGGAAAGGUCUGGACAUCACCAUCGCCAAAAGCACAGAAGACCCGGAGAGCAUGGUUGUGGAUGAGCCUCCGCCUACAAAUCCAUCUGAGGCUCGGGUUUUCAGCUCUGUCAUCUCCGGUCUCCAACGCUCGUAUCCCAAGGACAAGAUGGAGGAGAUCAGCACCAGUUUCUGCUUCAUUUGUCUCUUGCAUCUGGCCAAUGAGCAAGGUCUGAAGAUUGAAACGGGAUCGGAAGGGAAUGUACCAGAUGCCGGGACUAACAAAGUGGGAGAUCUCUGGGACCUGAAGGUCUUCCGGGACCCAAACGCUACCCAAGCAGCCUGAUCCACCCAUCUUGACAUGCAGUGCCGCUAACCACCUAUAUGUAUCUCGUAUAUAUGCCACUAUUUGUUGCUCCAUGGAGAAUGUACACAAGCACAAC